CAAAUAAUUUAAUGAAGGCACAGGGGCGGGAGCAAAACAAGUGUGUUUUACAUGAGCUGCGCUGUUGCAGUCGUGGUGGAGUCCAGUUUACCGAAAUGGCGGAGACAGCAGACGGAAUGGAGGUUUCCCAGGGAGAGAGCUCAGUGAAACCUGCAGCAGAAGACAUGACCUCCAAAGACUACUACUUUGAUUCCUAUGCACACUUUGGUAUUCAUGAGGAGAUGCUAAAGGAUGAAGUUCGUACUCUGACGUACAGAAACUCCAUGUUCCACAACAAGCAUCUCUUCAAGGAUAAGGUGGUUCUGGAUGUGGGAAGUGGAACCGGCAUCCUUUGUAUGUUUGCAGCCAAAGCUGGGGCCAAGAAAGUUAUUGGGAUUGAGUGCAGCAGUAUAUCAGACUAUGCUGUGAAGAUUGUGAAGGCCAACAAGUUGGAUCAUAUUGUUACCAUCAUUAAGGGCAAAGUGGAAGAGGUUGAGCUUCCUGUGGAAAAAGUAGACAUAAUAAUCUCUGAGUGGAUGGGCUACUGUCUCUUCUACGAGUCUAUGCUGAACACUGUCAUUUAUGCGAGAGACAAAUGGCUGACACCUGAUGGCCUGAUUUUCCCUGACAGAGCCACGCUCUAUGUCACCGCUAUCGAGGACCGACAGUACAAAGACUACAAAAUUCACUGGUGGGAGAACGUUUAUGGCUUUGAUAUGUCCUGUAUCAAGGAAGUGGCCAUCAAGGAGCCACUAGUGGAUGUUGUUGACCCCAAGCAGCUCGUUAGUUCUGCCUGCCUCAUUAAGGAGGUGGACAUCUACACUGUGAAGAUUGAGGACUUGUCCUUCACGUCACCUUUCUGCCUGCAGGUGAAAAGGAAUGACUACAUUCAUGCGCUAGUAACCUACUUCAACAUAGAGUUCACUCGCUGCCACAAGAGGACAGGCUUCUCUACUAGCCCAGAGUCUCCUUAUACUCAUUGGAAGCAGACUGUGUUCUACUUGGAUGACUAUCUGACGGUUAAGACUGGAGAGGAGAUCUUUGGCAACAUCUGCAUGAAACCAAACGUCAAGAAUAAUAGAGACCUGGACUUUACUGUUGACAUCGACUUCAAGGGUCAGCUUUGUGAGGUGUCCAAGACUUCAGAGUACAGGAUGCGCUAGAUUUCUUUAGCAUCAGUGUAUGUGAGGCAACUCUUGAGAGCAGUGCACACUUAUAUGUGUGUGUGUGUAAUACCAUGUACAUUAUUCCAUGACUGUGCAUGACAGACAUUUUUAGAGAUUCUGUUUUACAGAAUAUUGUCUGACAUAAAGGAUUUUUGAAAGUUUUUGCCUUUUUAAUUUUCUCUCUCUUUCUUUAAAAUGCAUCCAAGGGGACUAAACAUGGUAUAUUUGUAUUGUGCUUUAUUCCAUCUUAUGUGCAAAAUUCCUUUGGCCCUGCUUUUUCCAAGUUUUAGGUGUAGCAUCUUGAAUAAAAUCCCUUUGGUUUAUGCAUGUACACGUGUUCCCGUGUGCAACUGCUCUCUUUUGCCUGUUGUCUGUGUCUGACAACGUGUCCUCCAUGUAUAAUUUUUUUCCUCCUUCCAUGCCAACAUGUCUGUGUUGGGCACUGUAAAAAAAAAAAAAAAAAAGAAGCAAAUCAGCCAUCUGUUUUGAUAUCCCAUCUGGUAAAGACGGCAUCUUCCAUGUAGAUAAAAUCGGUCAUGUUUCAUUGUGGACAGGAGUUUUGCCCAGUACUUUUCUGAAUGAGCCCAUAUCAUUUAUUAUUAGCUCUGUACUUGGAGGCAGUUGUUUUGGACCAUCAGUAGAAGGUGCCUCUAUCAUGCGAUAUUUGUCUUCUGUGGAGCUACUUUUAAUUCAUGUAGUGCUCCUAUGUCCUCAUCUGUUAGUUGUUUUUUAACUUGUUGCAAUGACUCAGUCGGAGGAUAUUAUCCUGUUAUAGUAAUCUCUUGUGCAACUCAUAAGUGGUGUUAAUGAGCACUAUUUUUAGAUCCGUUUAAUCCUAUAUGAUCUUUUUAAUGUCAAAUAGAAGAAAGUUUAGUUUAAGCUUAUCUGCUGCUCUUUUGCACUGUAAGCACUUACAACUAAGUUUCUCAGACCCAGAACUACGAUUUAAUUCCAUGGAGGAAAACUUUCAGACUAAAUUUUCCAUUUGAGUGCUUUUAUUGAAGGUGAUGCUUAUCCUGUGUUUGAGUGACUUCACAUUUGUUCCAUAUUGUGAUCUUCUCAUUGUGUUGCUGUGUACUACAGUGUUUAUGUCGAGGGGUGCAAGUUCACAUGCCUUGUCUAGCACUGGUUUGGAUUAUUACCAGGCUGGCAUUCGUCCACUAGGAUUUUUUUUCCCCUUCUUUUUUUGAAAUAAAAACAAAUUAAACGUU